CACCUUCCCCAUGUGGAAGCAGCUUUCAAUUUUGGUUUGGGAAUCCAAUUUCUUCAAAAUCCAUCCCCAUUAAGUAGAAUACAAGACAGAGAGCCAGACAAUUUUAACGUUCACGUUUUAUAGUUUAAUCUCCGGGAAUGUCAUCCUCACCCUCGCCGGCCGCAUCUCCGCCGCCGCCUACCAAUACUACCUCUCCUCCACCGUCUGUUCCCUCAGCCCCACCGCCCUCUUCACCACCCCCUCCACCCACUCCUCCACAACCUACCCCUUCUGCACCGCCUCCCUCCUCGCCUCCUCCCGUCACGCCCUCGUCGCCGCCUCCCUCAUCGUCGCCUCCUCCACCUCCCUCUUCUACUCCCUCUCCGCCGUCGACUCCUUCCACGCCGUCCCCUCCUGCGUCACAGAGUCCUCCGCCGCCUCCCAGAAUUCCGGGGACGCCGUCACCGCCGGCUUCUCGAAGCCCGCCCCCGCCUCCUCCGUCAUCGCCCGGUGGUGGGAUAUCGACGGGGCUUGUGGUUGGAAUCGCGAUCGGGGGAGUGGCGGUACUCGUAGUGCUCAGUUUGUUGUUUCUGUGUUGUAGGAGAAAGAGGAGAAGAGACGAUGAGGCCGGCUACUAUGUGCCACCUCCUCCCCCUGGCCCUGGGCGUAAAGAUGAUCCCUAUGGUGGCGGCCAACAGCAAUAUUGGCAGCAGAAUGUUCCUCCACCCGCGAAUCAUGUUGUCACUGCAAUGCCAAAGCCUUCUCCUCCUCCAUCCGUAGCAUCACGGCCACCAUACCCACCAGCAUAUGAUCCAAAUCCUUCUCCUCCACUACCUCCUUUCAUGAGCAGCAGUGGCGGCUCUGGUUCUAAUUAUUCAGGCCCUGAAAACCCUCUUCCACCACCUUCCCCUGGUCUGUCCCUGGGUCUUUCAAAGAGUACAUUUACCAUUGACGAAUUAGCAAGAGCAACAGAUGGUUUCUCAGAUGCAAACCUCCUUGGACAAGGUGGUUUUGGGUAUGUACACAAAGGAGUCCUUCCAAACGGGAAAGAAAUAGCUGUCAAGCAGCUAAAGGCUGGAAGUGGACAGGGAGAGCGCGAAUUUCAGGCCGAAGUUGAGAUCAUUAGCCGGGUGCAUCAUAAACAUCUUGUUUCCUUGGUUGGAUACUGCAGUACUGGUACACAAAGAAUGCUUGUUUAUGAGUUUGUUCCAAACAACACUUUGGAGUUUCACUUGCAUGGAAAGGGGCGACCUACAAUGGAUUGGCCUUCCAGAUUGAAAAUUGCUUUAGGUUCUGCCAAGGGCCUGGCAUACCUUCAUGAAGAUUGCAAUCCUAAAAUCAUCCAUCGUGAUAUCAAGGCAGCUAACAUACUUUUGGACUUCAAGUUUGAGGCAAAGGUUGCUGAUUUUGGUCUGGCAAAGUUUUCUUCUGAUGCCAAUACUCAUGUCUCGACCCGAGUGAUGGGUACUUUCGGGUAUUUAGCUCCAGAAUAUGCAUCAAGUGGGAAACUCACAGAUAAGUCAGAUGUUUUCUCUUUUGGAGUCAUGCUUUUGGAGUUGAUUACUGGACGCCGUCCAGUUGACACAACUUAUUCCUUCAUGGAUGAUAGUUUGGUGGAUUGGGCAAGGCCGUUGCUCACUCGAGCUUUAGAAGAUGAAAACUUUGACACUUUGGUUGAUCCAAGGUUACACAAUCAGUAUGACCACAAUGAGAUGGCUCGGAUGAUUGCUUGUGCCGCUGCAUGUGUGCGCCAUUCAGCACGACGUCGACCACGAAUGAGCCAGAUGGUGCGGGCACUGGAAGGCGAUGUAUCUUUAGCUGAUCUAAACGAAGGAAUCAGACCUGGCCAUAGCACUAUUUACAGUUCUCAUGGAAGCUCGGACUAUGACACCAACCAAUAUAAUGAGGAUUUAAAGAAGUUCAGAAAAAUGGCGUUAGCAAGCUACGAUUAUGGUGGUAGCAGCGAGUACAGUGGUCCAACCAGUGAGUAUGGGCUGCACCCAUCUGGUUCGAGUAGUGAAGGCCAAACAACCCGGGAAAUGGAGAUGGGAAAGAUGAAGAAAAGCAGUCAAGGUUUUAAUGGAAGCUCUUGACUACCGGUACACCUUCCUUUCUCUUUGUAAAGAUCCAACCAGUGCACACCCUCCUUUCUCAAUGCUAAAAACAAUUGAGUAUUGAUUGCAAGAAUACCAUUGGUUCUCAAUGAGAUAACACUCCCAGUUCUUUAUCCUCUAAUUGUGAGAUUAUUAUUUUUGUUUAUUUGUAUUUAAAGGUGCAUAAUAUACAGGAAAUUAUCAUUCUUUUAUUCUUUGAGGCAAUGUUUAUAUGAAUUUGGUUGUUGAAA